AUGUCUUCAGCUAUUCCAGGUGGUGCAAAAACAUUGGCUAAAAGAAAGGCCACUCAAGAAAACAAGCUUAAGCAGCAGCAACAGAACCAGCCAAACUCUUCAAGAGCUGCAGGCGCAGGAGGUUCUUCAUCUUCCAUGCUCAAGAUCUUCAACGAGGAAGCUCAAGGUUUCAAGAUAGACCCUCUAGUCGUCCUAGUCUUUGCCGUUUCAUUUAUUUUUUCUGUGGUCUUGUUGCAUGUCUUGGCAAAACUCUCUGGCCGUGUCUUAUAA